UUGGGAUCGAAUCUAGAGCCUGGGACUCCGAGGGCCCCCGCCCACCCGGGGCCGGGGGGGAGACAGCUGGAGGGGAGAAAUGAAAGCGAAGACAAGAGAAAAUUGGUCCCAGGAUUCAGUUCCAGGUGUUGUUUGCGGCUCCGCCCACCAUCCAUCCGUCCGCCCGCCCCCUCCGCUCUCCUGUCCCCUUUGGGAGGAUGAGUAAGGAGUAAGCCCCCCACCCCUCGCCCCGUCCCUCCUCCACGCUUUCGGACUUCACGGAGACUCACUUCAGACUGGACCUCCGGCCCACAGCAGCAGACCGCUCCGACUUCAUCCACGCGUCAGCGGUUUUCGGACCCCUGGUUCUCAAGUCUUCCUUUUCUGCGAUUAAAUCGCUGAAACCGCCAAAGAGGCAGGAUGUCGGCGCUCUCCGUCAACGACCACCUCGAAGGGAUUUUAUCAGAUUUCGAAGCGCUGAAGAGAUCCUUCGAUAUUGAAGACGUGGACGACCUUCCGCCCUUCACCCCGACCUCCCCGGUCUCCACCCCGGUCUCGCCGUCUUCCCCACGCUUUUUCCUCAACCACAGGAAAGCAAGUGAUGGGCGGGCAGGUGACGGCCAGUCGCCCUCGCUCACCUUCAACAACAACAACAACUUGAGCUCGGCGCCCUACCACUCCCGCAUCAGCCUCAGCUCCAGCCCCAGCCCGGUGAUGAAGCCCCGCAACGUGGUCAGCAGCAUGUCCUUCAACCAUGGAAUCACCAACAAGCCGGCCCUGCUCCACAACAGCUCCUCCGUGACCAGAGCCGCGUCCUUUCAAAGCAGGCUCAACCCCAAUGGGUUCUCCAUGUCUGGACCAGGCAGCGACAACGACAGCCUGCACAGCUCCACGUCCAGCCUGGAGUACUCCGGUGGAGGUGUUGGCCUCCAGUAUCCCAGCAAGCUGACGUCAUACCCCAGCGCCCAACCACAGGGCGAGUACCGGCCGGCACAGCAGCUUGCACAGCAAGGAGCCCCAAACAGCAACAGUCUAAAGAAGUUCUCCUCUCAUGGGAGUGUCUUCCACUCUGAGUUGGACCAGGGUUCUGGAAUGGUGCUGGUGGCACCGGAGCCUCAUGGAGUCAAUCAUGGCUCAAUGCCAAGUCUUGAUCUCCAGAUUCGUGACGGAGGAGGUGGAAUGAUGCACAGAAGUGGAGGCAGAAUCUCUCCAGGUCUGAGGUUCACAGGUUCAAACAGCAGCUGGAAUGGACGACAUCACAAUGCCAGUCCCUUUGGGGAAGAAGGUCCAAAUCGGCAGCAGCAAAACUCCCAGAUCAUCAAGUCCAAAGACACGCCUCGUCUGAACAAGUUUCCAUUGGAUCUGGACAACUUGGUGAGCAACCAUUCCACCCAUCCACCCUCCAAGGUUCACAGGGGAUCAAUGAGCCCAACUCCCCCAAAACCUCCUCCAAGAAGCACAGGGAGUCUUCAGCUUCAGAUGAAGCCGGCCUCUGCCUCAGCCUCUGCCUCAGCCUCAGCCUCAGCGAGCCCGUCCGCCUCCCUCAGCAGCCUGGACAGUUCCUCAGACGCCCCAUCACUCUCCCUGCACCAUCCUUUCUUGCCUUUCUCCACACAGUCCCCCACCUCUUCUCAGGGUGGGUGGGCGGAGGUGAGCAGCACACCGCUGCCUCUGUCUCCUGCCCAAACCCCGCAGCUGGAGACCCUCUCUAGGCCGCAGGUCGGUCAAGUCGCCUCCAACUCUUCCGACUUUUCCGGUCCAGCAGCUGGAUGUCCAUCAGAAGAUGGAUCAAUGGAGGGUGGAGACUCAGUUGGCUCCAUCUUACAGAGGAUCGCCUCCUUCACUCGUCCCGCUGUCAGUGAAAAGACUGCAGCUGCUGCGGUCCAGUAUCCAGUCCACAACGACGGAGGGUUGUCUCCUGAGUCUCGGACUCUGACUGGGACGUGGAGGCCGGAGAAGACGAGACAAGAAGUACCUCUUGCAGAGCUGGACCCAGAUCUGCUAGGCCUGAUGGAGGAGCGAGAGGAGAAGGAGCGAGGCAUCAUGGGCGAAGAGCACGCGGCCAAGGUGAAGCCGGAAGUGCAGCCAGAGGUGACACACGCUGCCACCGCACAGGAGAACGGCGUGGAGGCUCACGCUGAGCGCCAAGAGAAAGGGAUGCAAGAAGACGAGAUGAAGAGAGAGACCGAGGAGAAGAUUCAGGAGUGUCUGGAGAUGAGCUACAUCCACGGCACCGAUUUGUUCGGGUAUGUGGGCAUCGAAGCCGUGCUGGACCAGAUGAGGCGCAAGACCAUGAAGGCGGGGUUUGAGUUCAACAUCAUGGUGGUUGGUCAGAGUGGUUUGGGGAAGUCCACCCUGGUCAACACGCUAUUCAAGUCCAAAGUGAGCCGCAAGUCCUGCACACCAAACUACGAAGAGACCAUUUCAAAGACAGUCAAACUGCAGUCAGUCAGCCACAUUAUUGAGGAGAAAGGCGUGAAGAUGAAGCUUACCGUGAUCGACACGCCGGGCUUUGGAGAUCAGAUCAACAACGACAACUGCUGGGACCCCAUAGUGAAGUACAUCAACGAGCAGUAUGAGAAAUAUCUGCGGGAGGAACUGCACGUGAACCGGAAGAGGAGGAUACCUGACAGCAGAGUCCACUGCUGCAUCUAUUUCCUGGCUGCCACUGGUCACCGGUCAGUAAUCACUCACCGCCAACCCACCGUGUUUGUUGAGAAGAAUGACCCGGCGCCGCUUCAGUUGAGUCACAAACCUACCAGGGAUUCCUCCUCCGUCUGCAGGUUACGUCCCAUUGACAUUGAGUUCAUGAAGAGGCUGGGGAAGAUUGUGAGCAUUGUUCCUGUCAUCGCUAAAGCGGACACACUCACCAUCGAGGAGAGGCAGGAGUUUAAAGAGAGGAUAAGACAGGACCUGGCGGCCAACGCCAUUCAGGUCUAUCCACAGAAGGAGUAUGACGAGGACCCGGAGGAGAAAAUCCUCAACGACAGAAUCAGGGAGAGCAUCCCGUUUGCUGUGGUUGGAACCGACAAGGAGCACCAGGUGAACGGACACAAGGUUUUGGGUCGUAAAACUAAGUGGGGAAUCAUUGAAGUUGAAAAUGUGGCACACUGUGAGUUUGCCAACCUGAGAGAUCUCCUCAUCAGGUCUCACCUUCAGGACCUGAAGGACGUGACGCACAACAUCCAUUACGAGACCUACCGGGUACGACGGCUGAACGAGUGCAACAUCAACUUCAUAGAAAAGGGACUGUCUGAGCGGCCGCUGGAGAACGGAACUGCUGACAGAAAUGAAACAGAGAGCCACCUCUGAUGGUGUCUCCAGAGAUCCUUGUCAUCAGACCCAGCAGUGGAUGAUGCUUCUGAAGACAGUUUCUGUUGUUUUGGGAGACUUCACCCUGGACUUUGACAUGCAAGCUUGUUACAGUGAGACCGAGAAUCAAAGGCAGAGUGGAGAGUGUGAUGCAAGGAUACCUUCUGUGUUGGAGCGAGCCCUCAUGGUCUGGAGCUCCUGGACUGCCCUGCCUUAAUUCUGAAUACUGAUCCAUCACCUUAUAUAUAGCUACACCCUGACAGCACAUCCUGAAAUGGAUGAGCAGAUUUAUACUGACCUGUGUGUUCAGCAGUUGCCAACAUCCCAACACUUCAGUAACAUAGAAGUAAAGCGGCACAGAUCACAACUUUGAAUUUAGUGCUUUAGUUAGUCAGACGUAUAUCAGGAAAUCAAGGGGAUGGCAUCAGUUUGUCAUAUGAUAGCAGCAGACGCUUUAUGAAGAGACACUUGGUGAGCUACGGAUGAAAACACGCCAGAUUAUGAGUCAUGGUGACAGAAAGUACCUUUAAAUCAGAUGGAAGUCCAACUCAGCUUUGGAUUCCAGUGUGAUGAUAUAACUCUGAUCACACUAAAUGUGUGGUUUGUUACUGUGAGGUUUCCAAGUGUUGGAAAAAGACGUGAGAUUUAAAGGCCUUCCAUAAAUACUUUUGUCUAUAUUUUUCCAAGGAGAUUUAGUUGGUGUAGAUAGCAGCAACCUGCAGAGUCUAUGAUUCAAGAAGACAUGCUCGUUUCAUUUAAUUCCAUGAAAGGUUUGUCUUCAUCUCUUGGUCUCUAAUUCACUUAUUAGUCCAUCAUCUCAGCUUCAUAACAUUUUGGAAUGGAAGUGUCAUCUUGAAAAUUACAAUGUCAUGUCAGGCCAAUUAAAUAUUGUUUUAAAUCAUUAUUAAUUAAAACUGUUGAAAUGUCAAACAAACAUUUGGUUGGAUGAUAUUUACAUUGAUGUUUAUGUUUUCCAAUAUUAAUAAAGGGCGUUUUUGAUCGUUGGAUUUUUCAAAUACUCAGUGAUUUUCAUGAUUUCUUUGAUCCUAGUUUCUAAAACACAUUGACUGACACACAGAUUCCAAUAAUGUAGUGAUGUGCUGAGGCUUCAUUUUCACAGCCCACUAGAUGGCGCUCUCUUCUCUAAAAUGAUAUUUAAGCAAUGACCUUAGUGUGACCUAGUGCCCUUGUGUGAUUAAUACAUUACACUCAGAAAUAUAUGUCUUAAACGUGUCAUUUCUCAUCCAUUUGCACAUGAAGGUUUAAUAUCUGAGGUCACAGAUGAACUGUAAAUGUUCGACACAAGUCUUUCCGGCUCCUCCCGUUGUUAUUAUCCUUGUACAACGGACAUCACAAUCUAAUGUCUGUCUGAACUGACAUCCGCUCCUGGCGUGUGAGGGACAGGAGGCUCCCCCUCCUGUGUUUAUGCUCAGCUUUGUACUAACAGCUACCGUUGUGUUUUUAUAGUCUCAAUGAUACACCUUGUUGAUUAAAUACUUGUCACUUUCUCA